CAGGGGAUUGUGAUGUGCAGCUGUGCUCCAUCUGGUUGUUUGGUAAAGGGCCAAGCUGACCCUUGACUGGACUUGAAUACUGGUAGAGAGCGCCCCUACACUCAUCAAUGUUACCUGCGCUGGCCUUGCAACAUGGCUAAGCACGUGCUUGUUACUAUACCAGCUUCACAUUACUGUGAACGUGCGCGCUGGGCGCUGGACUAUGCGGGAAUUGCUUAUAAGGAAGACAAAUGGCCACCUCUGCUGCACUAUGCUGGGACGCUUCCCGCCAGCGGAACAAAAUCCGUCCCUGUACUGAAAUGCCCUAAAGGCGCAGGGCCUCGGGGAAAGGUCCUCACGGACUCGGCUGACAUUGUCCGCUACGCGCAUGAGCAUAUGCUUGCUGCUUCGGCGCCUGCGCCGUGCCCGACAACUACAACAUCUCUGACCGCUGGGGAACAACAAGUGUCAAUGUCCUUGGAGGAUUGCAGGCCGCAGCCGGUUAAUCCAACUUUGACUACCAUCUUGUCAUCAUCCCUCUAUCCUUCGGACCCAGAGGAGCUGCGGCAGGUCUUGCAGCUCGAACAGCUCUUUUCCCGCAAGCUGGGUGUGUGGACGCGUGUGGUAGCCUACCAGCACCUCUUCAAAGACAGGGACAUGGCACUUGACGUGCUGUCGGGGCACAGGCAGGCGCGGGGCGCAGCAGGCCUGAGGCAGCAGGCCUCACCUGGGGACGGAAAGCUUCCAAAACGACCACCACCACAGCAGCAGGAGGAGCAGGGGUGCCAGGUACAACACCAGCAAAGCCGCCGAGAAGAACCGGGAAGGGGCCAACAGGAGGAGCAGCAGCAACAGGAGGAGCAGCUGCAACAGCAGCAGGGCAUGGCCAGCUGGCGGUGCGCUGCAUUGCGCUGGUUGUACCCUGUGGUGCGGGGUGCCAUCUGCCGGGGCAUGCGGGUCAACGAGGAGACGGCGGCCGCAUGCCUGCAGCGAGUACGACAGGUCUUUGAUGAGGUAGGGGCCCGUCUGGGCGCGGGCGGGGACGGGGACGUAGGCGGCAGCCGCUAUCUGGUGGGGUCGCACUUCACCGCCGCCGACCUCACCUUCGCCGCCAUGAGUGCCGUACUGCUGAUGCCGGAGGGCCUGUACGGCGCUUACCUGCCGCCGCUGGAGGCCUGGGGGCCGGACUUCCCAGGCCGGCAGCUGCGGGAGACAGUCGCGGGGCGACAUGCGCUGCGGAUGUAUGAGAUGCACAGGUGGCCAGUGGGUCGGCGCGGAGUGCAGGGGUUGAAGGAGGAAGUGGAAAGGAAGGAUGGCGCUGGGGUGAGAUUGACCAGUCGGAUGUAGGGGACGGUCCCGACAAAUGCGGGUGCAGAAGCAUGGAAGUGGGGUCAGUCCUACGUUUGUGGGCUUCUUGUUUGUGGGUUUAUUUACUGGUGUGAUUAUUGGGACCCUUGUUAUGUAUAUAAUUCUGAGAUGCGCAGAAAUGCUGAUUUGGCACUGUAUGCUGUCGUACUCAUGUCGUACAGAUACUGUACACUUGUCAAGGAUUUUGAACCUGUUCAAUGUUGCUCACGCUUUGCUUGUUCGGAGCACUUUGCAUGCGCACACAGCAUACGUUGCCUUGUGGUUCGGCGCGGCUCGGUGUAUUACUGCUUUCCCCAGUAGUGGAGCAGCCCCGUGUGACUGCAGCGGCAGCCCCGGGCUAUUAUACCAGGGGCAUGACGAUCUGGGUCAGCGUACAAGGUGGCGUGAUGUCUCCUUCACUUAUAGCUCGAGGCUUGCAUGUAUACUUUAACUUGCAGCUCGACGCUUGCAUGCAGAUUUGCAUGAGAACUGUAUCCGAGGGUGAUUCGAGGUUGGGGCCCUCUGUUACUACGUAGUGCUGCGUCUUUCCUGGCCGACAUGCAGGGGGAUGCUUUGCUUUGUUUUGCCCUGAGGCUUAAGCUAGACACUUUAGGACUGACUG